AUGCCCGUGCCGGCCGGGCCCCGUGUCUACAUGAGGCAGGCGGAGGUCGCCGCCCGGACUUGGGCCAGCGAGGCCAGGGUCCCGCGAGGGGCGGCGGUGUUCUUCCUCCUGCCGGAGGACGUGGGCGGCGUGCCGGCGCCUGUGGCGCGGAGGGCCCUGAGGCUCUCGGGCGACAUAGACGUGCGCUACGAGCAUCAGACGGUGCGGGACCUCAUCCUGUGGCAUUAUUUGGCCGCCAAUCCGACGGAGCCCAAUUGCGAGUGGUACCUCCGCUCGGACGGCGAUACGUACGUGAACUUGUCCAGGUUGCUUCAGAGACUCGCGUGCUUCAAGCCUUGGCAGCCGCACCACGUCGGGUGGCCAAAGACUGCCUGGUCGCAGCUGGGGCGCUUCCGCGAGGCAAACAUGCGACUCUACCUGUUCGGCAACGUCGUGCUGAACAGAAACCUCCUGUCGCGAAUGGACAGACAGCAGGGGUUCAUCGCCUGCCUUGACGCCCUCCUGCACGAUUGGGCGGGGCAGGGGAUGAUGGACGUCAUCCUCUCGGACUGCAUUUUCAAGACGCUCGUCAUCUGGCCCGAGUUCCUUGGGGACGACGCCGAGAUCGUUGGCUACCCGUUCAAGAGCCGUGGUCGGUAG